AUGCAGGGCUCGGACGAACCUAGAAGCGGAGGUGCCCAUAACUACCAGGUAGGCGCCGGACGCGGAAGAGGAGAGCCACACAACAACACUUGGGUAAGCAAGUCCGCUAACUACGACGAGAAGGCUUUCUGCGAGUAUCACCAGACCUACGGGCACUCAACGGCUCAAUGCCGAACUUUAGGAGCAAAGCUCGCAGCUAAGAUGGCAGCGGGAGAGCUCCAAAACGCGGUCAGCCUCAAAGACCUCGUCCCUAACGAACAACAAGAGAGAGCCGAGCCGAACGGCGCGGCGGAACUCGCAAAUCCUCCUAGACGAGGCGAUAACUCCAAACGCGAAAGGAGAGGCGAACCCGAAGAGCGACCCGAGCCGAGGGAUCAUGACGUGGCAAGGGUGCUCAUCGAUACUGGAAGCUCAGUGAACGUCAUUUUCAGGGAAACACUUAGAAGAAUGGGAAUCGACCUCUCCGAGGUGGAAGCAAUCUCCAAACCUCUAACCGGAUUUUCAGGAGAAACGACGAUGACUAUGGGGACGAUCAGGCUUCCUGUGGUAGCUGGCGGAGUCACUAAGAUCGUCGAAUUCUGCGUCACUGAUCACCCAGCAAUCUACAAUGUGAUCAUGGAAACCCCAUGGAUCAACGGGAUGAGGGCGGUACCCUCCACCUAUCAUCUCUGCCUCAAAUUCCCAACUCCAGCAGGUGUCAAAACGAGCUGGGAGAAUCAGAAGGAAUCACGAAUGUGCUGCCUAGCCGAACAUAAGCUGAGGAACCCCGUCACCGACGCACGAGCAGACAUCGACCGCAAAAAAGAUGAAGACAGACUGAGAGCCCGCGAACGAGCUCUCGAAACUCUUAUAGCAAUUACAGAUCACGGAGAGCCGCGAAACAUGCGCCGAGCCGGUAUGUGA